UAGGAGGAGGAAUAAGAAAAUUAGUUUGGAAUGGAAGAUUUUUUUUUUCUUAGAGAAAGGGUUUUUGGAAAGUUGAAGUUGUUGAGAGUUGUUUGUCAAUGUAGAUAGAUAUUUGGAAGAGAGAUUAGGAGGAGGAAUAAGAAAAUUUGUUUGGAAUGGAAGAUUUUUUUCUCUUAGAGAAAGAGUUUUUGGAAAGUUGAAGUUGUUUGUCGAUUUGUAAGAAAGCGAUAGAUAUCUAUUUAUUUUUAUCGUUAUCGUUCCGAGAGAUAAUUGUAAAUGUGUAUGUAUCAUACUCAUCGAUAAAUUAGUUGUUACAAAGAUCUGUUUACUCGUUUUUAGUUCGUUUUCUUUCGAGUCUCGUGACACGUGACAGCAAUUUUAUCUCUCGUUUCGAGCAGAGACGAUGUUCAAAACGUGACGUUAUUCGCGUUUAGCCGCGCAAUAAUCGUUGCUCUCUUUUUUUCGUCUUCAUCGAGACGAGUAAUCGGAGGAUGACGUUUAAUCCGACUUCGGAUCCGGAUAUUUUAAUUUUCACGGAGUUUCCGGACCGGUUCAUCAAGUGGAUCAUUUGACGCGACCGAUCCGAUCGAAUAUUUCUCCGAUCCACGGAUAUGUCGCUUCCCGAUUUCGAAACGUGAAAAUAUAUAUAUACAUCACGAGAUCGUGAGAGAGAAACUAAGCGCAGGAAUUCGAUGAGCCAGCGUGGAAGUGUUUUUCAUCGAAAAGCGUUCUUCGAGGGGAACCCAGGAAAAGUGUUUUUCGUCUCGUGGCUGGAGAGAAGGCAACGAAAAGAUGGAGGUACUGGUGCAGCUGGCGCUGCUGCUGGUGGUGCACGGAUCGCUGGUCGUCCUCGUUGCUGGAAAAUCCGUUCCACGAGUGAUCGACCAGGACUUGGAGAGAUACGAGCCCCUCGAAGAGGAGGAUCAUCGGAGUGCAAGGGUCCCUUUCAACCUGGAGGAGACUUACGAUCAAAGUUUCCGGGCGAACAGUUUCAACGGCACCUGGAAAACGGACAGGGAAAUCCUUUACUCGGACAACUACGUCGGCGAUAUCCGAUUGUUCGACGUCACGACAGGAUCGGGCACCGUUCUCCUCGAUUCGUCCGUCACGGCCGAUUUCGACAAAGCGUCCGUGAUGUUUUCCUUCGACAAUUCCCACGUAGCUAUCGGCCACGACUACGUGAACGGGUUUCGAUACUCGAUACACCAAAAGUGCACCGUGUACAACAUUAAAUCCAGAACGUUCACGGAUAUCGCGAAUGGCGAUCGCAUACCACUGUUCAAAUGGUCGCCCACGAGGAACGCUUUGAUUUACGUUCACAAGAACGAUAUCUAUUAUCAGGUGUUCUUCGAGGGUGGCAGCGACACUCGAAGGAUAACGAACACCGGCGUCCCGGACAUCGUUUUCAACGGGAUACCCGACUGGGUUUACGAGGAGGAAGUGCUGGGCUCCCCGGUCGCAUUCUGGAUCUCGCCCGACGGACGACACCUUGCUUUCGCCACGUUCAACGACACCAACGUCCGCGAUAUCGUGAUAUCUAAAUACGGCUCCCCUGGAAACUCGAGGGAUCAAUAUCCGAACGAGAUCAGGAUAAAAUAUCCGAAAGCGGGCACCACGAACCCAUUCGUGUCCCUGAGCGUGAUCGACUUGCACGAUCCCUCCUCGAAAUUGAUCGAUCUUCCGCCGCCUGUCGAUGUCGUUGGAGCAGACAACGUUCUUUAUACCGCGAACUGGAGGAGGGACGGCGAGAUUGUUGCGACGUGGACGAACAGGGUGCAGAACAAGGCCCAAUUAGUGCUGUACGACACGAAGGGUAACGCGAAUAAUAUUUAUUACGAGGAGGAGACGGAGGGUUGGCUUCGCAUCCAACCACCCCUCUAUCACGACCGAUACGUGAUCGUUGCGAAGCUUCAAGACUCGGGCACGAAGGCGGGACGGUUUCUCCACGCGACGAGGCUCGAGUACAGGAACGGCGCCCUGGUCGACGAGACGGAUUUGACGCCUGGAACGUGCGAGGUUAUCUCCCUGUUGCUCGUCGACCACGCCAGGGCCAGGCUCUAUUACUUGGGCACCGAGCUCGGCAAACCAUCCCACAAGAAUCUCUACUCCGUCCAAUUGAGCGGCAACGAGCCGCCCGUUUGCCUGUCGUGCGACGUCCUCACCCCCGAGGGGAAUCGUUGCACCUACGCCUACGCCUACUUCUCGACCAACGGUUCUCAUUACGCGUUGUACUGCGCCGGCCCAGACCCUGUCUUCAUCGCGAUAGUGAACGCGAAUCACAGGCAGAUCUCGAUUUGGGAGGAGAACCGAUCCCUUAGGCGCAAGUUGGCCGCCCGUACGCAGCCGAUUGUCAAGAAUUUCAACGUGAACGCGAACGGGUACACGAACAAGGUUAAGCUUUACCUGCCGCCCGACUUCGACGAGACGAAAAAGUAUCCUCUGCUGAUCAACGUGUACGCAGGGCCGAACACUAUCAGGAUUACGGAGGAGGCUACGUACGGGUUCGAGUCGUACAUAGUGACGAACAGGAGCGUAAUUUAUGGGCGCAUCGACGGGCGUGGAUCGGCGUACAAAGGGAGCAAGAUGCUGUUCGAGAUCUAUCGCCGACUCGGCACCGUGGAGAUCGAGGAUCAGAUUAUUAUCACCAGAACGCUGCAGGAGAAGUACUCGUGGAUCGAUUCGAACAGGACGGGCAUAUGGGGUUGGAGUUACGGCGGUUUCUCGGCCGCCAUGGUGCUGGCCACCGACGCCGAGUCGGUGUUCAAGUGCGGCAUAUCAGUCGCACCCGUCACCUCCUGGAUUUAUUACGAUUCCUUGUACACGGAACGGUUCAUGGGCCUGCCGACCCCGGAGGACAAUCAGAGCGGUUACAACGACACGGACGUGAGCAGGAGGGUGGAGGGUAUGCGAGGGAAAAAGUACAUGCUGAUACACGGGACAGCGGACGACAACGUGCACUACCAGCAAACCAUGAUGCUGAACAAGGCUUUGGUGAACAGCGACAUAAUGUUCCAGCAGCAGACGUACACGGACGAGGCGCACGCCCUCGGGAACGUCUUCCCCCAUCUCUACCACACCAUGGACCGAUUCUGGGCCAAUUGUCUGGGAUACUCCCACUGAUUCGUUCGGAUGACCGAUCAUCCGACGAGAAAUGGUGGAUGCGUCCCCUUUAAUCGACCAUAUCCCAACUCGAAUCGAUCGAUUCACGUUCGAAUUUUCGAGAAUUUUUGAGAAAAAAAAAGGAAAAAGGAUACGUUGGAAUCAGAGAUUCUCGAUUCUCGAUUCUGCGUUCGACGCAGAACGUGUAAGAAGUUGGCUUCAAAGGGGACGGUUGAAUCGAUACUUAAGAACGCUUAAGGAUGCAUUUCCGAGUGAGUGGAAAAUGGAUCGCGGAUGGAAGACGUUGUAUUUUUAUUUUUUCCUAUUUAUUUCGUUCUUUAAUCCUUACAAUCGGCUCGUUCUAUCAAAAUUUGCGAAGAGAGAGGAUUUUUAUUACGGAUACGGUAAUUUUUUGUCGUCCGCCGAGAUAAAUCGUUAAUAAAUCCAUCUUCUUUCAAGUAAUUUAUUGUUACUUGUUUUUUUUUUAAAUUUAAACAUUCUUUAAUUGGAAAGUAACAUUUUUGAUGAUAUUUCUUUGAUUUUCAUUUUUCAGAAAAGAUCGCGUAAUUGAUUAGAUAUUUCUCAAAGUGGAAUUAUUAAUUAAAAGAAAAAUUCCGAGGCACGAUAAAAAACAGAGAUCACGAUCGAUGAUACUCGUUUUUCUCUUUACUUUCAAUACGCUUUUUUGUUCGAUGAACGAAUCGAAUGAACAAGCUGAAAGUGCAUUCAUCUAGAAUUGAAGGAUUUCAACCGGAAAUUCGAUUCAUCGGUGACCAUUUAUUUUCUUUCUGUAUCCACAGGGAUUACAGACAUUUUUUUUUUUUUUCCUCUUUCAAUUAUCACUCUUCACGCUCAUUGAAAAACCAUAUUGCUCGAGAUGGAAUAAAAGAGUCGCGGAAAAACGUUAGAAAUUUGAUACGGGCAAAGUAGCAUAGUUAUCCUAUCGAAAAUUUACCUUACCUUCAAGACUCUUUCUUUUUAUCCUCGUAAAAAAA